AACCGUCCUUUCUUUAACCUUACCUGAUAAAAAUGACGGAUAUAGACAAGUGGAUUAAUAUAGCUAAAGAAUGUAAAUACCUCCCUGAAAAUGAUCUUAAAAAACUAUGCGAUAUUGUAUGUGAUCUGUUACUAGAGGAAUCGAAUAUUCAGCCAGUAUCAACUCCAGUUACUGUUUGUGGUGAUAUUCAUGGUCAGUUUUAUGAUUUAGAAGAGCUGUUUAGAAAUGGAGGGCAAGUUCCAUUCACAAAUUAUGUAUUUAUGGGAGAUUUUGUGGAUCGAGGAUACUAUAGCCUUGAGACAUUUACAAGACUUCUUACCCUUAAAGCACGGUGGCCUGACCGCAUUACAUUGCUUCGAGGAAAUCACGAAUCUCGCCAGAUAACCCAAGUUUAUGGUUUUUAUGAUGAGUGCUUUAACAAAUAUGGGAAUGCAAAUGCUUGGAAAUAUUGUUGCAGAGUUUUUGAUUUGCUAACAAUUGCUGCUCUGAUUGAUGAGGAGGUAUUAUGUGUUCAUGGAGGCCUAUCUCCCGAUAUAAUGACCUUAGAUCAAAUUAGAUGUAUAGAAAGGAAUCAAGAAAUUCCUUACAAAGGUGCAUUCUGCGACUUGGUUUGGUCAGAUCCCGAAGAAGUUGAUACUUGGUCUGUAAGUCCCAGAGGUGCAGGUUGGCUUUUUGGAGCUAAGGUGACUCACGAGUUCAUGGAUAUCAAUAAACUUAAACUUAUUUGUCGAGCCCAUCAGUUGGUACAUGAAGGUUUUAAAUACAUGUUUGAUGAUAAACUGGUAACGGUCUGGUCAGCACCGAAUUAUUGCUACAGAUGUGGAAAUAUUGCUUCAAUAUUAGAAUUCAAAACAACGGAUGCCCGUGAAGCCAAACUGUUCUCAGCCGUUCCAGACUCUUUCAGGGUUAUACCAGCGAGGAACACAACACCCUAUUUCCUAUAGCACUUCACCUCAGUAAGACUUAUAAUGAUGGAUAAACUAAGCCAAGUGUGAUCUGACAGCUGUGCUAUUUAUAUUUUUUAGUACCUGUGAUCAUUGAAAUGUAUUUAUUUUAUGUUCAAUUUUUCAGUAGAUAUUGAAUUGUGCUUCUUCGGGCGAAUCUAAUUAUGAAAUAUUUAGAUAGAAUUAUGUGCCUACUUUAUAUUUUUCUUUCCAUCAUUGUAUAUGUUGAUUUUAUAAACUAAGUUAGUCUAUAUACAUUCGUGUGUCUUAGUCGAAAGUGUGUGAUAGCAUUUGAUGUAAUUUUACGAAUGCAAAAGACUGGAAUGUUAGUCUCAAUAUCAUCAUUAAUAAUUCCAUUGUUUAGUGUUCUGUGAAAUCGAAUUUUAACAUUUGCUUAAUAUAAGUUAUAUGUUUCAACCUUUCCAUAAUAAUAUUUAUAAACGGUAAAGUGAUUAUAAUAACAUUAAAGUGUUGUGGUUUUAACACUUAUUCAGUUGUGUUUGCUAAGAACCUACGACAUAAUUGCUUAAUAACUGUUGAAAAUUUAAAUAGUUAUAGUAAUGAUAUUAAAUAAUCGUUAUUAAGGAAAGUCAUAUACUAUAGUUCAAAAUUUACUUUUGGUUUGG